AUGGCUUCGCUUCUUCUUUCCCGGGCCACUGCCCUCCGAGGACGUCCCUUGCCACUUCGCUCCCUUGCGGCUUCUUCCUCGCAAUGGGCCCGAUACUCCACUACAUCCGGGCCGACACGACGCUCCGGCCCUCGCAUUUUCAGUCUUCUCGCUGUCACCGCUGCGGCCGGCGCGGGUGCUGUCUUCGCUUACCCGUACAUCGCUAACAGCCCCGGCCUGACUGGCCCACCGCAAAUCGAGAAGGCUGAUAUCGUUUACGAAAAGCCGCGGAAGAAGGCCGCAUCCAAGGAGGAAGGCCGCGCUAUUGUGAGCCCGCAGCACGUGCAGGUCAAGAACAGCUGGGAGCACCCUGGAGUGUACGCUUGGGGGUCCAACAUUGGCAAAGUUGUGGCCCCGGACUCGAACGAACCAGUCAUCAAAACGCCCCGGCGAAUUCCUUUCUUUGAUGGCCAGAUCCUCCGCGACUUGAAGCUUGACCGCGAUUUUGGUGUGGCUAUCACCGAGAAAGGAGAUCUCGUACAGUGGGGCAUAGCCUUCUCCAAGGAUUCUGUUGCGCCGACUGUUACCCUACAGGGCAAGAACCUGUCCAAGAUAGCCAUCUCACGAGACCGAAUCAUUGCUCUUUCGUCGAACGGGUCCGUCUAUUCACUGCCUGUUUCCCAAGCGGACCAGGUUGCGGUCGCACAAGCAACAUCGGGGACUCAAUCCAGCGAAACCUCAUCAUCAUCGUGGCUCCCAUUCUGGUCGUCAUCCUCUGGGUCCUGGAGCGGCUGUCGAUCCCUCACUCCGUCUAGCUUGGGGUGGGGCGAGAAAGUCAUCGAUGUCAAGAGCGGCCUUCAACAUUGUCUGCUGCUGACUUCCAAAGGCCGCGUAUUUUCUGCCGCUGCCAGCUCCGAGGCCUUCCCUUCUCAGGGUCAGCUUGGCGUGCCCGGCCUAACGUGGGAGACACGGCCAAAGGGGCCAUUUGACCAGCCCCACGAGGUGAUAGGUCUGAAGGGUUCCAGUAUCAGCGCCAUCGCUGCAGGCGCAUUACACUCACUGGUACUCGAUAACAAGGGGCGGGUCUUCUCGUUCGGAGAUAACGCCAACGGCCAGCUAGGGUUCGAGACGGCGAUCGGGGCCAUCGUCGACACGCCCUCGCCACUGCCCAUUGACAAGCUCUAUGCUGGCACGGGGUUUGCGCCCAAGGUCACUGCGAUUGCGGCCGGCGGGCAAAACAGCUAUUUCACCGUAGAUGCCACCAAGACACAAGGCCACGACUCCCGCGAGGUCGGUCGCACGGUUGCCGACACCUGGGCCUGCGGCGCUGGCAUCUACGGUAACCUCGGCUCCGGAAAGUGGACACACGUCUCCCCGACGCCGAACAAAAUCAAGGCGCUGUCCGGUCUGUACGAGUUUGACGAGGCCGCGGGCCGCGUCACCCCCAUCCGCGUAGCCGGGUUCGCCGUCGGGAGCACUCACGCCUGCGCUGUCCUCGCCAACUACACCCACCUCACAUCAUCAUCGCAAUCGUCAUCAUCCACUGAUACCAGCUUUGGCGCCGAUGCUCUCUGGUGGGGCGGUAACGAGCACUACCAGUUGGGCAACGGCAAACGGAGCAACGUCAACGCGCCUGUGUACAUCGGUCCACUAGACGCCAGGACACAUGUACAAGAUGGGCAUGUUGGAGCUAGCGUUGGCGGGGCAGACCGCCUCCAGCUCACGCCGCGGACGACAGUGCGGCUGGGCGAGCAUGGUAAAGGGAGGAAGGUCAGUGUUGAGCAGCGUGUCGAGUGCGGCCGCUUUGUGACGGCAGUGUACUCGGGCGCAUGA